CUCAAAAAAACCACACCACUCAUCAAUCCUCAUCGCCGAACCCACUUCAAAAACAUGGCGGAUAAAGUGUAUCGCGCAAGCACCACAGCCCCGGUGAACAUCGCUGUUGUCAAGUACUGGGGCAAGCGCGAUGCCACACUCAAUCUGCCGACCAACAGCUCGCUCUCAGUGACGCUCGCCCAGUCAGAUCUCCGCACCCUCACCACGGCAUCGUGCUCGGCCUCGUACCCCACGUUCGAAGGCGACUGGCUGCUCCUCAACGGCGAACCCUCCGAUGUCUCGGGCGCCCGUGUCCAGGCUUGCUUCCGCGAGCUGCGUGCCCGCCGCGCCGCACUCGAGGCCGCCGACUCGUCCCUCGCCAAGCUCUCGACCAUGCCGCUUCACAUCGUGUCCGAGAACAACUUUCCGACCGCCGCAGGCCUUGCUUCGUCGGCUGCCGGAUUCGCUGCGCUCGUGAGGGCCAUUGCCGACCUGUACGAGCUGCCCGCGUCGCCGUCCGAGCUCAGCUUGAUCGCGCGCCAGGGUUCUGGGUCAGCCUGCCGCAGUCUCUUUGGCGGUUACGUCGCAUGGCGCAUGGGCGACAAGCCCGACGGGAGCGACUCGAUGGCUGAUCAAGUUGCCGACGCAGCGCACUGGCCCGACAUGUGCGCGCUGAUCCUCGUCGUCUCGGCCGCCAAGAAGGGCGUCAGCUCGACCUCGGGUAUGCAGCAGACCGUGGCGACGUCGAGCCUGUUCCAGGAGCGCAUCGCGAGGGUGGUGCCGCAGAACAUGGCCGUCAUGGAGAAGGCCAUCCGGGACCGCGACUUUGCUCCCUUUGCCGAGGUCACGAUGCGCGAUUCCAACUCGUUCCACGCCACGUGUGCCGAUACGUACCCGCCCAUUUUCUACAUGAACGACGUCUCGCGCGCCGCCAUCCGAGCUGUAGAGCAGAUCAAUGCCGCUGCGGGGAGGACUGUCGCUGCCUACACGUUUGAUGCCGGGCCGAACGCCGUCAUUUACUAUCUGGAGAAGGACACGGAGCGUGUCGUUGGGACUUUCUAUCAUGUGCUGGGCGGCGAGAUCGAUGGGUGGAAGAAGGAUGCGAUUAAGGGAUUGAAGCCGACAACGUCGUUGGACGGAGCGGUUGCGAAUUUGUUGAAGGGCGGUGUGAGCAGGGUCAUUAUGACGGGUGUUGGUCCGGGCCCCCAGAAGACGAACGAGCAUUUGGUGGCUGAAGACGGGACUCCGGUGCGGAGAUGAUAAUGGCGACAAACUUGACUGUGGGACACUGGUAUUGCUGAGAUGAUUCGGGGUCAUUGCUAUCAUUGAGCCGAAUGGGAGCAUGACAUCAGCGGUAUGGGGCGGAGGAACUUAAUGGAGGGACUUGAAGAUGAAGCAUGCGCCAGACUCGGGGCGGUUCAAACACUACAAUAUAUUCCUGUUGACAGGCGCAGGCGAAGGCUUGCUGGUCAAGUUCCCGGAACGAUUCCAGUCGCCAGAUUGUGACCUG